AUGUCAUCACCACCACCAAGCCCGUCGCUGCCCCUCGCCACCACCUCCGCCGCGCCAUCACCGAUCAUCUCCACGGCACCGCUGGCCCUUCCCUCGGCGCCUAUGGGUUCCACCGCCGGUGCAUCGACCGGCCAGUCGCCGCCCCCCUCCACGGGGCUGCCGCCAUCACCCUCCACCAUGCCGCUCGUCUACUCCCCGGAGACGAUGACCGGCGUCCUCAACGAUCUGGUCGUCGCGGUCCAGGGCAUCCGGCUGUUCCUGGCCGGUCCGUACGGGCCGUCAACGCCUCCGCCGCCGGCCGUCUCCUCCGGACCGUCGGCCCUGCCCUGGUACUCGGUACCCACGGCGAUCGCCGGGGCCCCUCCGUUGCUCCAGCCGCCGCCCGUCCGCGCGCCGUCCUGGCCGCAGUGGCCCGCGCCUUCCGCGCCCGCCCCAGCGCCGCACUGGCCCGCGCCGGGCCCAGCCGCGCCAAACACGCGCCCCCCGCGCCGGUCCAGCUCCCACCGCCGCCGCCCAGCUCCGGACUGA